CACUUGCCGGAGCACUUGGAUUGGCUGAAGGAGCAAGGUGGCCCGCAGAGACGUCUCCUUCCACCCCCACCCCCCUCCUCCUCCUCCCUUCAGUUCAGUCCCGUCAGUGGAGCGGGAGGCGCGGCGCACGCACAACAACGACUCAGACACACACUCAUACACACGCUCGCCCCGCACGCGUGGAAGGUGCGACUCACCGGAGGACUUUUUCAUUUUUGGCGUGGGACCGACCGGAGCAUGAAUUUGCCAUCAAGACAUCGAUCCGCACUUCUAGACAAACCAAGUGAUCCUUCCAAGGGAAAAACAGACGGGGACAGAUUUUAAUGCAACAUCUUCCCUCACGGAGGGUAAUGCACCCGCCUCUCAUUCCAUAAACUGUCACAGUUCGCGUGUUUGCAAAUAAUAAAAAAAGCACAGCGCUGGAUACAUUUGCUGCGAAGCUGUUUUUUUGCGCUCAGGGUUGUGAGGGGUGACAUUUUUGGCUGCGACGCGCAACAACGAGCGUGUUUGAGCGCAAUUUCUCAGUGACUCGGACUUGCCUCAGAGCGGAGUUUGACUCCUCAUCAUGGGGUACGGUGCACAGACUGACAGAGAAGGAGGAAGAGUGCCGAGAUCGUCUCUUGAGAUGCUGACCGUCUCCUGGUGGCUUUUGCUUUUUCUCCUGGUGGAUAUCGGCGUGGCUCAAGUUGAGGAUGACUUCAUUGGUCUCGGUGAGCUGCCGGAAACCUUUCCUUCAGACCCCCCAGAGCCGCUGCCUGUGUUUUUGAUGGAACCAGAGGAAGCCUACAUUGUCAAGAACAAGCCGGUCAACUUAUACUGCAAAGCCACGCCCGCUACCCAGAUCUACUUCAAGUGCAACAGCGAGUGGGUUCACCAGAAGGAGCACACUGUGGAGGAGCGGGUUGACGAGAACUCUGGCCUGGUGGUGAGGGAGGCCAGCAUAGAGAUCACCCGGCAGCAGGUGGAGGAGCUAUUUGGACCGGAGGACUUCUGGUGUCAGUGUGUGGCCUGGAGCUCCGCGGGGACCACCAAGAGCCGCAAAGCCCACGUCCGCAUCGCUUACUUGAGGAAAACGUUUGACCAGGAACCACUUGGGAAGGAAGUGUCACUUGAACAAGAAGUGUUACUCCAAUGUCGCCCACCUGAAGGCAUCCCAGCUGCUGAGGUGGAGUGGUUAAAGAAUGAGGAGGUUAUUGAUCCUGCAGAUGACAGAAACUUCUAUAUCACCAUCGACCACAACCUGAUCAUCAAACAGGCCCGCCUCUCUGACACUGCCAACUACACCUGCGUGGCUAAGAACAUUGUGGCCAAGAGACGCAGCACCACCGCCACAGUUAUCGUCUAUGUGAAUGGUGGAUGGUCGACAUGGACAGAGUGGUCAGUGUGUAACAGCCGCUGUGGCCGUGGUUACCAGAAACGCACGCGCAGCUGUACCAACCCAGCACCACUCAACGGCGGCGCCAUCUGUGAAGGGCAAGGCAUCCAGAAGCUGGCGUGUAGUCCUCUCUGCCCAGUGGAUGGCCUGUGGACAGAGUGGAGUAAGUGGUCCACCUGUGGGACAGAGUGCACCCACUGGAGGAGGAGAGAAUGCAGCGCCCCAGCACCUAAAAACGGGGGAAAGGACUGUGAGGGCAUGGUACUCCAGUCCAAGAACUGCACCGAUGGGCUGUGCAUGCAGAGUUCCUUAUAUCAGAAGUCCUCUGAGGCAAAAGACAAGGGUGAUGUGGGAAAUUCAUUGGCCCCCAGUACAGACGACGUAGCUCUGUACGUAGGUAUUGUCAUAGCGGUGAUCAUGUGCCUGGUUAUCUCUGUCGUCGUGGCGCUCUUCAUCUACAGGAAGAACCACCGGGACUUUGACUCUGACAUCAUCGAUUCCUCUGCUCUCAACGGAGGCUUCCAGCCAGUCAGCAUCAAGACUGCCCGCAAAGCUGAUCUCCUAACAGCUCCCCCUGACCUGACCUCAGCAGCCGCCAUGUACCGUGGCCCUGUCUACGCCCUCCACGAUGUGGCUGACAAAAUCCCCAUGACCAAUUCCCCUCUGCUGGACCCUCUUCCCAACCUGAAGAUUAAGGUGUACAACUCCUCAGGCUUAGUGACUCCACAGGACGACCUGGGAGGGGAAUUUUCCUCCAAAUUGUCACCUAAGCUGCCGCACUGCCUGCUGGACAACAGCGACAGCACGAUGGGUCGACGCACGCAGACCCAGACAUUGCUCCGCACCAGGGAUCCAUCCUGCACCGCCCUGGGCUCCUUUAGCUCCCAGGGGGGGCACCUCAUUGUGCCAAACUCAGGGGUGAGUCUGCUAAUUCCAGCGGGGGCCAUUCCUCAGGGCAGAGUGUAUGAGAUGUACGUGACGGUUCAGAGGAAGGACAACAUGAGGCCCUCAGUGGAAGACGGCCAAACGGUCCUGAGCCCCGUGGUGAGCUGUGGGCCCCCCGGGGCCCUGUUGACUCGGCCUGUCAUCAUCACCAUGCACCACUGCGCCGUGUGUGACGGCCAGCAGGACUGGCUGAUCCAGCUCAAGAGCCAGUCACAGCAGAGCCAGUGGGAGGAUGUAGUGGUGGUAGGGGAGGAAAAUUUCACCACGCCGUGCUACAUCCAAAUGGAUGAUGAGGCCUGCCACAUCCUGACAGAGACGCUGGGCACCUACUGCCUCGUGGGCCAAUCUCUCAGCGCUGCCACCAUCAAGCGCCUCAAACUAGCCAUCUUCGGUCCUGUCACCUGCCCUGCCAUGGAGUAUCACAUUAGAGUCUACUGCCUGGAUGACACACAGGAUGCGCUCAAGGAAGUCCUGCAGAUGGAGAAGCAGAUGGGUGGGAAGUUGCUGGAUGAACCAAAGACUCUCAACUUUAAAGACAGCACCCACAACCUGAGACUUUCCAUCCACGAUGUCCCCCACACGUUGUGGAAGAGCAAACUACUAGCCAAGUACCAGGAGCUUUCCUUCCAGCAAGUGUGGAGCGGCCCACAGAGGAACCUCCACUGUUGCUUUACCCUGGAGCGGUUCUCUGCCAGCACAGUGGACCUGGCCUGUAAGAUAUGCGUGCGCCAAGUGGAAGGAGAAGGACAGAUUUUUCAGCUGGACACUACACUGUCAGAGGAUUCCCAGAGCAUUGACACCUCUCUGCUGGACCCCGCCAGCAACAUCACCACACUGGUCGGGCCCAAUGCCUUCCGCAUCCCUGUCUCCAUUCGACAGAAGCUGUGUGGCAGCCUGGACGCACCACAGACCAGGGGCAAUGACUGGAGGAUGUUGGCCCACAAACUUAACCUUGACAGGUAUCUUAACUACUUUGCCACCAAAUCCAGUCCCACAGGAGUGAUUCUAGAUUUGUGGGAAGCCCAGCAUUUCCCCGACGGCAAUCUCAGUCGCCUUGCCCAGGUACUGGAGGAGAUGGGACGCCAUGACAGCCUUGUUCCUUCAGUGACUGAGCACUGACAUCUGCCCACCAGGGAGUGUGACAUUCCAGGGAGGAAGAAGACAUAAAAAGAAAAUAAGAAGAGGGGGGAUGCCCAAAAGCAGGAGUCAUUUGGCAUCACAGUGACAAAUGCACGUAUGCACUCACAGACGCUGCUUGUGUGUACACUCAAAGAAGUAAGAAGAUAGAAACACAGCUAGGCCUACACAGCCAUGACCCAGUUAAACAUUGGCAACAAAGGGUGUAAAAACUUGGAGGGUAAACAAGAAUCUCUGCCAGUCAUUUCUCUCUGGCUGUUCCUCUCUCUAGUAGAGCAACUUGAUAUUUUUGGCUCUAGUUUCCUUGGAAACAGCUGUCCGGUUAUUUGGAUGGACUGUGCGGAUAUGAAGAUGAUGCCCUUGCUGUAGACAACAGUCCAAGUGGUGACACCCUAUCAGAGGUCAAAGGAUUCAAGGAAGCACGGCUUGGAUCAGUGGAAGCAUCUCUCACUCUCCAGAAAUCAGUCUCCAUAGCAACUCCACAGAUGAGAAUUUGUUCUGUGAUAACAUUGUAUUUAAUAAUAUGCCUAUUUAUACAUAUCUUUUUUUGUAUUUUAUGCUGCCUGUAAGGAAAUACUUUGUUGUGUCCUCCCAUUUUUGGUUCUUCUUUCAUUAUGUUUGACUGUGUCAUAGCACCUCCUGGUGGACUCUUGCAGUAAUGACUCAUCCUGUCAGCCACAUUUACAUGUACAGAAGGAAAUCAAUGAUGUAACCAUUUUACUGUUUUAGUGUUGCUGUCGUAACUAAUAUUAAUACUUUUUAUUCAUUUUAAGUAUAAUUAUUGUUUUUUUGAAGUAUGUGUGCUUCUUUAGUUGCAAGUCUUUGAAAUAUUUUUUGAUAAGUUGAAUUGUUUUUGCAUGUUUUGUUUUUGUUUUUGUUUUUUUGUUUGAGUCAGGCCAGUUGGCCAGUUCCACCAGUCUAUUACCCCUAAACAGAAGGCGAUCAACAUUACUUUCCCAAAGUGACUAAUGUUCAUGACUGAUGCUGAUGAUUGGUAUGUUGUUCAAUAUAUCAUCUACAUGAAAGAGAAUAGGCAGAGAUGAGAGGUAGAUACUGAAGAGAAGGGAAUCAAAUAAGUAUAUUUUUGUAGGACCAAUGCAACUGAGUAUGACUGCUUUUUACCAAAUAAUUGACAUACAGUGUAUGAGGUUAAAUUUAAUACACAAGGUGAUCAUCUAAAUGUCAAAUGUCAUUUCACAAAGUGUCAUUUCUUGUGUUCAGAAGUGAAUGACAUCCAUCUGUAAUUUUGGAGGAGAAUGGAGAUUCUAACUCGGACUUCUGUGGUUGUACAUUAAUGACAGAAGCCAUCAAUAUUAUAAUGAAACUGACUCUGUGCAUAAAAAAAAUAAUAGUUGUAAAUGCAACAUUCCUUUGAUGCAGCAGCACUUGUGACUGUUCAAGUGUUCUUGGUUCUUUUUUUUUUUUUAAUGGCAGUUGUCCCAGUUUUCGUAAAGCCGUCUAUGCAAACUUUGCAUCUUUUUGAAACAAUCUUUACAUUCUCAGUGGGCUAGCCUUUGCAUUCCCUGGUUGUUCUUCAGCUUCAUGAUUAUUAUUGUGUAUAGUGAGAAUGUAGCCUGUCUGUUUUUGGCACUCAUGAUGUUUCCUUGCAACUGCUUGCAUUUCAUCUGUCAAGUUAUUGUACAAAGUGUAAGAAAGAAUUUUUAAGACUAAUAAUAAAUUAUAUUUAUAUGCAACA